GCAAAUUUAGCCUUGCAAGAAGGAAGACUUGCAGCUGCCCAAACAGAACUGAAUAAUGCACAAAUUCAGCUGGAUGAGAAGCAACUGGAACUGGAUCAAGUACAAGCCAUGUAUGAUGCUGCUAUGAAAGAGAAGCAGGCCUUACUUGAUGAUGCUGAGGCAUGCAGAAGGAAGAUGAACAAUGCCACGGCUCUGAUUGAAGGAUUAGGUGGAGAAAAGCUUCGUUGGACGGCAAGCAGCAAAAACUUUCAAAAUCAAAUCACUAAUUUAGUGGGGAAUGUUCUUCUGGCUACUGGAUUUCUCUCUUACUCUGGACCUUUCAAUCAGGAGUACAGGAAUUUGCUGCUCCAAUUGUGGAAGAGAGAGAUGGACAACAGCAAGAUUCCAUACAGUAAUGACCUGAACCUUACUGGUAUGCUUGUUGACAAUGCUACAGUGGAUGAGUGGAACCUCCAGGGUCUUCCAAACGAUGACCUUUCAAUUCAGAAUGGCAUCAUUGUCACAAAAGCAUCAAGAUAUCCUUUGCUGAUUGAUCCACAAGGUCAAGGAAAGAUCUGGAUUAAAAAUAAGGAAAAGAAUAAUGGACUUCAGGUUACAGCUAUGAACCACAAGUUCUUCAGAAGUCACAUAGAAGACUGCCUGUCCUAUGGCCGACCUUUGUUAAUUGAGGAUAUUGGAGAGGAACUUGAUCCUGCUCUAGAUAACAUCUUGGAAAAAAAUUUAAUAAAAUCUGGUUCAGCACACAAAGUGAAAGUAGGUGACAAGGAAAUAGAACUGAUGAAGGGGUUUACCCUAUAUAUCACAACAAAAUUGGCUAAUCCUGCCUAUGCUCCAGAAAUAAGUGCAAGAACAACUGUGAUUGACUUUACUGUUACUAUGAAAGGGCUAGAAGAUCAGCUCCUUGGCCGUGUCAUCCUCACAGAAAAAAAGGAACUGGAGGCAGAAAGAGUCAAACUGAUGGAAGAAGUGACAUCUAACAAGAGGAAAAUGCAGGAGCUUGAAGAUAAUCUACUCUUCCGUCUAACCAGUACGGAGGGCUCUUUGGUUGAAGAUGAGUCUCUAAUAGAAGUCCUAAGAAUCACGAAAACAACAGCAGAAGAGGUCAGUGAAAAAUUAAACAUAGCAGCAGAGACAGAGGUGAAAAUCAAUACUGCACGUGAAGAGUAUCGUCCCGUUGCUGGUCGAGGCAGCAUCCUGUAUUUCCUAAUUGUGGAAAUGAGCUUGGUUAAUGUCAUGUACCAAACAUCCUUACGACAGUUCCUUGGCAUUUUUGACCUGUCAGUGGAAAGAUCUCAGAAAUCUCAGAUCACAGCAAAACGAGUAGUAUAUGUAGUUGAGCAUCUCACCUAUGAAGUUUUCAAGUACACGGUUCGAGGGCUGUAUGAAAAUCACAGAUUCCUGUUUACAUUGCUUCUGGCACUGAAGAUUGACUUGCAGGCCAAGAAAAUUUCACACACUGAGUUCGAGACACUGAUCAAAGGAGGUGCCAGUUUGGAUCUGAAUUCUGUGGAACCAAAACCAAAAAAGUGGAUCCUUGACAUGACAUGGCUCAAUCUUGUGCAGUUAUCUAGCUUGCACCCUUUUAAUCAACUUCUGGUGCAAGUUGUUAGGAACGAGAAGUCUUGGAAGGCUUGGUUUGAUGAAGAAACACCUGAAAAAGCUGUUAUCCCUAAUGGGUAUGACAGCUUACUGGAUCAAUUCCAUAAACUGCUCCUUGUCCGUAGCUGGUGCCCUGAUCAUACUGUUGCCCAAGCUCGACACUACAUUGCAGAAUCUCUUGGAGGAAGAUAUGCGGAGGGAUUUAUACUUGAAAUGGAAGCAAUGUGGGCAGAAAGCGACUGUCGAACACCUUUGACGUGCUUUUUAUCAGUGGGGUCUGACCCCACUGAAAAUAUAGAACGUCUUGCAAAAUCAAAGAACAUUCCCUGUCGUGCCAUUUCAAUGGGUCAGGGCCAGGAGGUCCAUGCAAGGCGCCUGUUAAAUCAGUGCAUGCAAGAUGGAGGAUGGCUCCUUCUACAGAACUGCCACCUUGGCUUGGAGUUUCUUAGUGAAUUGAUGGACACCAUCGCAACAACAGAAUCUGUGAAUGAAGGUUUCAGGGCCUGGAUCACUACAGAGGCUCACCCAGAGUUUCCUAUUAAUCUUUUACAGUCCUCUAUCAAAUUUACUAAUGAACCCCCUCAAGGUGUGAAGGCGGGCUUAAAACGAACAUACUCAGCUGUUACUCAGGAUCACCUAGAAGUGAGCAACAUGCCACAGUGGAAACCAUUGCUAUAUGCUGUGGCAUUUCUUCACACAACGGUUCAGGAAAGACGAAAGUUUGGUCCAUUGGGCUGGAAUAUUCCUUAUGAAUUUAAUCAGGCAGACUUCACAGCCAGCGUGCAAUUUGUUCAGAAUCAUUUGGAUGAUAUGGACAUAAAGCGUGGAGUGAACUGGAGCUGUGUUCGCUAUAUGCUUGGAGAAGUACAGUAUGGUGGCCGUGUCACUGAUGACCUUGACAAAGCCCUGCUGAAUACAUAUGCAAGAGUGUGGUUUGGAGAGCAUAUGUUUAGUGAAAAAUUUUGUUUCUACAAAGAUUAUGUUAUUCCAAAAGGGAAAACAGUUGAAGACUAUCUCCAGUACAUAGAGCAAUUGCCAGUGAUUGAUACACCUGAGGUAUUUGGACUUCACCCUAAUGCAGAUAUAAUUUACCAGACUAACCUGGCUAAUGAGACAUUAAGUACAAUAGUGAGCAUCCAGCCCAAAGACAGCAGCACUGGAGGAGGGGAAGCCCGAGAAGCAGUGGUGCAGCGUCUUGCUGAUGAGAUGCUAGAGAAGUUACCUCCAGAUUAUAAUCCUCAUGAGGUGAAAGCCCAGCUUCAAAAGAUGGGAGCUCUUCAACCCCUCAACAUAUUUCUCCGUCAGGAAAUUGACCGCAUGCAACAUGUUAUAUCAAGAGUUCGAACUACACUGACUGAUCUCAAAUUGGCUAUCGAUG